UUCAUUAUUGGCACCUGUGGCACGAGCUUGGCAAACCGUUGUCCUCCAGCCUAUUAAGUAUUUUUGCAAGACCAAAGAAGUUUGCAAAACUGCACAUCGUUAAUCACCAUGGCUCAAAGAGUGAAGUUGCACUAUUUUAAUGGAAGAGGCAAGAUGGAAUCAAUCCGCUGGCUUCUGAUUGUAGCUGGAGUUGAGUUUGAUGAGUUCUUUCUGACAAACCGAGAGCAGUACCUCAAGCUGCUGAGUGAUGGAGACCUCAUGUUUCAGCAGGUCCCCUUGGUGGAAAUUGACGGCAUGAAGCUAAUUCAGACCAAGGCAAUCUUGAACUACAUUGCUGAGAAGUACAAUCUCCACGGCAAAGACAUCAAAGAUCGUGUCAUGGUCAACAUGUACUCUGAGGGACUGAUAGAUCUGAUGGAGAUGAUCAUGAUCCUGCCUUUCAGCAGUGACGUGACCAGCAAACUAGACAACAUUAAGACCAAGGCCAAAGAUCGCUACCUGCCCGUCUUUGAAAAGAGACUAAGUGAGCAAGUGCACCUGGUGGGAGGUCGACUCAGCCUUGCCGAUGUCCUGCUGCUGGAGUGCACCCUCAUGUUGGAGGAGAAAUUUGCGGGAAUCCUCGGGGACUUCCACAACAUCAAGUCCUUCCAGGGCCGCAUGAGACAAAAUCCCAACAUCAGCAGAUUCCUGGAGCCAGGCAGCAAGAGGAAGCCUCAGCCGGACGAGACGUACACAAACACUGUCAGGGAAGUCUUCAACAUCAAUAUGACAUUUCCAUGAAAUUCUUCCACUGAGCAAUGAAUACAUUUUGUAGUCUUGGAAGUGUUCACGUACUAGAAAAUACAACACCGUACUUUAUUAAAAGUACUUUUUGCAUUCAAA